AUGUCCACCAAUGAUCCCUGGCUAUGGAGUGUAGACGAGCUAGUCGCCAACCUAUGUCACUCACCCACCCUAUUCAUCCGUGCAGGGCAUUCUCUCGAUAACAUUCCGGAUAGCUCAGCUCUUGAGACAGAGCUGCGAGCGCAGAACAUGACAGGAAACACGCUACUUACUUCAUUUGGAAUGCACCAAGUAGUAAUAACAAACAAACUGAACAUAUCCCCUAUAAGCCAGCGGUUUGCUCUGUACUCAGUGAUAGAACUGCUUCGACGAGAUUCACGUGGCUACCAUAUUCAGCACGCGGCCAAUGCAGGUGUAACACCGCUCAAUGAUAACGCCCCAAAUACUUCGCCAAUUGCACCAAUCACUCGAAGCCCACAUAUAGCGUCCAAUCAACGAGGGACUGAACCAAAACGAAGCAGAGUUGAGAUCCUCGCAGUCGGGCCAGUGCGCCCAACACCGCAAACGCAGACACAGACGCAUCACACAUCAAAUGAAUUUGACCAUCUUCUGCGAUGGCAAGAUACAGGUGAAGAAGACAAGGUGAUCGACUUUGCUGCUGAAGACAGUGAAGAGGACGAUGAUUCUAUCGGUGCAGAUGGAGAAGAUGAAGACAUAGACGAGCCGCACGAACUCGACGAGGUAGAGAUACCAACAAGUCAAACCAAGCUCCCUUCUGAGGAAAUUGUCAAUAUUAUUAACGAGUGCAUCGAGGCCUACAGCAAAUCCUGGGAACCAAAUGCAGGCGUCCCCCGCGGCGAGGAAGUCGUCUACAAUGUCGAUGCCAUGUGGGACGAGGCCGAAGCCUCUGGACAGAGAAAAAAUCUUGUACAAAAGUACGAUGAAGAUUAUGCAUAUUUCAGCCACAGACUCGACAAGCUGUGUGAUGAGAUUGUCAAGGCUGCUGGAAGCAACCCCAAUGACGUACGCACGCAAUGUCGCAAUCUUGAGACUACUAUCCAGGCAAUAGAACUGGCCGGUUGGCUAAGGGAUAUAUACCAACUGGAGCCUGUCGGUAGCGAUGACGAGCUUGCAAGUUCACCCGACGAUGCCAGCAUGGCAUCAUUACCAAGACCCCAGGCUGUUGCAACUACUGAGGUCAUCAAUCUGGAUACUUCGCCCGAACCUUCGGGAAGGGCGGUAUCAACUGUGCAAAAGCCUGAUCAAGAUGUGGUUGGCGGCGCCGGGGAUUUAUUGAGCUACCAGAGGCGGGCAUCAACACCGAACUUCAUCCUUCGUGACAUUGCUAGGAAUUCCUCGAGCCGCCAAAGACAGUCGCUCUCACCUGAGAUCGCCAUUACGCACAGCAUAGAGCCUGUAGUCAACAAGCACCGGGACCCUCUUUAUCCCAAUGGCUCUCUCUACCCCAAUGGCUCUCUCUACCCCAAUGGUCCUCGACACACGCCUAUUCUCCGAAGAUAUGGAGAAGACCCUGAAAACGCUUCGAUCAGUUCGGUACGCCGCUGGAGAUGGCAGGACUUAACCGAGAAUUUUGACCGCAAGCGUAUCGUUUCCAAAACUAUUUUUGAAAUGGAUGUUAGCGAUCGCGAGUCGGUUCGAAUCCGUGUCCAGCUCAUUGGCAAGACAGAUCUAUUAAGGGAAAUCGCAGCGUUCAUCGACAUGCUAUGGAGAGGAGAAUCGAAACUGCAGGGCGUACUCCUUCGAGAUCUGGCCAAGAUUACCAGCUUUACCAAUCUGUUUCUGUCGUGGUGGUUCUGCAGGAAUUAUUUUGAUGCACCAAACGCAUCUCCGGAAGAACUAGAAGAGCUCAAGUCUUGUUUAGCGGACGGAUCUGCUGGAGCCUCUACCUUCUACGAUUACCUUUGUAAAAUUAUGGAAACAACCUUUAGCGAACAAGCUCUGCAGCACCCUGACCAACCGUCACAGGCAGAGAUCAUUGAGAUAUCAGACGACGACUGAGGACAUGCAGUUGACCGCCUAGCAUGCUGUCUAGUGUCUUUUCAUGCCCGGUGUGGUAUGUCAUCAGAGGGCAUCUAGGCCUCGGCAGGCAUAUAAGAUGCCGAUGCGGUGAAUAUCGCACUACACUACAGGCGGCGCAUCUCGGCAGUGUUACUAGCUCCUAGCCGACUCGCGCUUCCCACACGCUUAAUCCAGCAGGGUCAAUGGGCAUCUGCAAGCUGAUAGGUAGUACUUACAUAGUAUGUAUGUAGAGUGUGACCAAAGUUUGCUGCUCACGUAAGAAUGGGAUCCAUAUUUCCGCAGA